UUACAUUCGCUGUACAUAAUAAUAGUGUUAGCAAUGAACCAGUGGCAAGGAAAAGUAGCUGUCGUGACAGGUGCAAGCGCCGGUAUUGGUGCAGCCAUCGCCAGGGAGCUAGCCAAGGCGGGAAUGAUCACGAUUGGGCUAGCUAGACGACCAGAAAAAAUACUAGAACUCAAAAACCUAUUACCGGAGGAUGCUUCCCAGAGAAUUCAUGCCGUACGUUGCGAUGUUUCUAAAAGGGAGGAUAUCAGGAAAGUGUUCCAAGAGAUUCAAGAUAAACACGGAGGAAUCGAUGUACUAAUCAAUAACGCUGGCGUUGUGAAACAGACGACACUUUUCGCGGAUGACGAUGGGCAGCCCCUGCAGGAAAUUUUGGAUACCAAUGUCCUGGGACUGACAUUGUGCAGCCGAGAAGCCCUGAAAUCGAUGAAAGCGCGUGACACCAAUGGACAUAUUAUACACAUAAACAGCAUCGCCGGACACAAAGUGCUACAGUUUCCGCACAUGAACAUGUACGCAGCUAGUAAAUUUGCUGUCACGGCUAUCACGGAGACGAUGCGCAACGAGCUGCGUGAGAUGGGUUCCAAGGUCAAAGUGACGAGUAUAAGUCCCGGUGUGGUGAAAACGGAAAUCGUAGCCGGUUUAGACGACCACAGAGACUUUCCUAAGCUGGAAUGCGAGGACAUUGCCGCGGCUGUACUGUACGUGCUGGGAACUCCGCCGCACGUUCAAGUUCACGAGUUAACAAUCAAACCGGUUGGAGAGCAGUUUUGAUUAUUUUUUGCUCAAACUGUAAUUAAGGUGUUUCGAACUGGUGUUUUGAAGU